GCCCGGAGAAACAAAAACACUACAAAUAUUUAGAUGUUUGUGUCAUUUAUAGAUUAAAGCUUUGACAGCGAAGGAAUUAUUUGCUGCGUGACUUAAAUUUUGUUUAGAUAUUACAUACACAUUUUUGAGAAUGUCGAGAGCGUUGACGAGUUCGAUUUUCUUGUUGGCUUUACUUUUCCAUCUCAGCUACUGGCAAGCACUCGGAGAUGAGCGAUUUGAAGAAGCAUACUCCAAUCUGGUCGAGGGCUUGAAAGAGAUCAUGGUAGACUGGAACGAGACGCUCCCGAAGCUUCCCGGCUUUGAGUGUUACAAGAACAGGCCGAUUGGUGCACCUGCGUUAGGUAAAAAUCUUGAAUUCCCGUGUACAGUCACCAUGCCUUCAGAUGAGAUUCCUACAUCUGUACAUCGGCUACGCCCGGCAGACAUCAAUGUCAUAGGUGCAAUGGGGGACUCCUUAUCGGCUGCCAACGGGGCUGGAGCAUGUUUCUUGCCAGAAUUAGCUCUAGAAUACAGGGGUCUAACAUUCAGUCACGGAGGAGAUGAAGGUUUUGAAACAAAUCCAACUUUAGCCAAUGUUUUGCGGAAGUUUAACCCUGCUCUGAAGGGGUACGGAUGGGGGACAGGUCGAUGGGACUCCGAUGAAGCGGGCAUGAACGUCGGCUACCCCGGGGACAAGGCUAAUGACAUGCCUCAUCAGGCGGACUGGUUGAUCGAAAAGAUGAAAGCCGAUCCCAACAUCGACUACGAGAACGACUGGAAAGUGGUGACGCUCUUCAUCGGAGGAAACGACCUGUGCGCCUGGUGCAAAAACAUUGUGUACUACGCGUCUGACAACUACGUCAACUUCAUUCACGAGUCGCUAAUGACUCUGCAUGACCAGAUGCCGAGGACAAUCGUCAAUGUAGUGGGACUCUUACAAGUUUACCAAGUGGAGAUUUUGAGUAGCACAAUAUGCGAUUUUAUCCAUCAGGGGGUUUGUUCGUGUGGGAUGUUCUUGACUCCUGAUGAGCUGGCAGAAUUCGAAGCCAUGAACAGACAAUAUCAGGUGAAACUAACGGAGGAUAUUAACAGUGGGCAGUAUGACGACAAAGACGACUUCACGGUGGUUUUACAACCUUUUCUUCAAGAGACAGCCGUGCCUAUGACAGAGGAUGGAGACCCAGAUUUCUCAUACUUUGCCCCAGAUUGCUUUCAUUUCAGUGCAAAGGGGCAUGCGCAGUGUGGAAUCGAACUUUGGAAUAACAUGAUCGAACCUGUUGGAAACAAACGUGUGACUUGGGAUCCUACAGUGACCGAUAUCUCUUGCCCAACUGAAGAGUUCCCUUACAUCUACACAAACCUGAACAGCCAACCUGAAUAUUGGGAGGCCACAACACCCGCCCCUCCGGCUGAGGGCGGUGCCAGCAUCACUCACUUCUCUCGCGUGUUUGUUUUCUGUCUCCUGUGCAUUAUAGAUUUACUCAGGGACUAAAAAGUAUUCUUGAAAUGAACGGACUGAUUGAAUUCUAUACUAGAGAAAUCGAUAAGGAAAAUUAAAAAAAAUUCUUGUACAUAAUACAAUUUUGCAUGAUAUUUCCAUUUUAAUAGUGGUAAAAACCUAUCAAUUAUUGAGUGCAGUCCUGCAUAUUCUAUUAUUAAUAUUAUAGUGAUGUUUCAUAGUUCAUAUAGACUCCUUCAUGUCAUUAAUUUGUUUUUUGCUUUAUACGAAUGUUAUGAUAUAAGAAAAAAUACAAUUUUAGUAGGUAAUCUGAAUUUAUCAAAAACAAUUACCUAAUGCUGCAUUCAUAAUUAUUAAAGUUUGAAAUGAUUUAGUUCAGUUUGCAGACUUUCCAAAUUGUUGUUAUAAUAGCAUGUAUAUAUACGAAAUGUAGAUUUGUAGUUUGUCUUGAACUGGAAUUAUAGAAUUAUUGACAGACACUGUAUAAUGCAUCGUAUUGCUAGUAAAAAUCGGUUUUAUGUAGACAAGUAUCACUUCAAAUAUCAAUGAAAUGUAUAUAGGUACUGAUGUUCUAUUACAUAUUGUUAUAUGUUCAUGGCAUAAUUUAA